GUCUGGUAACGGCGGCAGCGUUGUGGGCGUGUGUGUACGAGUGCUAGCGCUGGCGCGUAGCACUCUGAGUGGUGUUGAUUUUUACUCCCGCAAUUUUCCCAUACCUCGCGUAGAAUUUAUCAGCGAAAAUUCCAUCAAUCUACAUAAGUUGUGCUCACAAAAACUCCUGUGUGUGCCAAAGGGACGUGAGAACUCCUGCAUUUAUCCUUACUUACGCAAUGAUCGAGGCUCAAGUGACUCAAGGUUGACUACACCAAGCAUCAGACAACAUCGAAGGGGUGCAGAGAAGCUCGCCGCAGUGCCAAGCGAUGCAUAAGUGAGCAACCGUCCGUGUCGCCCUCUCCGCGGGCGGGGGACGACCGCGGCAUCCGGGCCAGGACGGCGUCGUCGACGCGUGACCUCGUGGUCAGCAUGUGGGCGCAGGUGCAGCUGUCCAGUGCGGCCGCCCCCGACAGCGGCGGCGACGUGGCGAACGGCGACGGCUCGGCGCCUGACGCCGGCGCCAAGGAGUCGCCCGCGCCGAGCUCGCGUUCCAAGCACGCCAUGUGCAUCUCGCAGGACGGCUGCUUCUACCUGCUGGCCGGUCGCUCGGCGAACCUGCCGCUCAAGGACCUCUGGAGGUUCGACCCCGUGCAAAGCCGUUGGGAGGAGUUACGCUGCCGGGGAAGCCGACCGCCCUGCCUGCAGGAACACACCGUCGUAUCGUGGAAGGGAAAGUUGUACGUGUUCGGUGGCGAAGUUGGCUUUGCGUCGACGGGCGAGACGCCGCUCUGGAUAUUUGAUACAGGUAGCUGCACGUGGCGCAAGCACCCGGGAGGCGGCGAGCGCCAGCGCCCCACUGGCCGACGGGGCCACACGAGCGUGGUGUACAACGGCGCCAUGCACGUGUUCGGCGGAUACCAGGACCUGCGAGGAUCUUCGUCCCAGUUGUGGGCCUUUCGAUUCGACACGGAGCAGUGGGAACUGACGUGUGGUGAAGGCGGCAACGGGGGUGGCGACCACCCCCCUGCAAGGCACAACCAUUCAUGCGUGGUACACCAGGGCGCCAUGUGGGUCUACGGAGGACUCACGGACCUCCAGGAACGGGCUGACUUCUGGACCUACCACUUCGACACCGGUCGCUGGAGCCGGAUACGGCAGCCCAAGGGCGGCCCCGCCGAACUGCACGGGCACGCAGCGGUGCAGGCCCACGGCUUCAUGUACCUCUUUGGCGGAGAGCGGUCGGGCGCUGCCAACAACGACCUCUGGAGGUUCCACUUCGUGAGCGAGACGUGGGAAAAGGUGGCGGUGGAGGGCGUCGUGCCGACACCCCGAUGCCGUCACGUGGCCCUGGUCAAUCCGGGACUGGCCACGUGGGCCGACCGCGUGUCCGCCGCCAAGGAGGACGAGGAAGGCGGCACGGCGCUGCACCAGCACCGGCCGCGCCACGGCCGGGCCGCCUCGCUGCGCUUCAAGGUGCACCCGGUGUCCCGGCUGUGCAGCAAGAGCACGGGCUCCCAGGACGAGGACGAGGACGACGACGCCGGCUGCGCGUAUGGCGGGUGCGGCGCCCAGGUCAACCUCAGGUCCCUGAAGGAGAAGCUAUCCAGCAGCCGGCUGGUGCGCAGCAUCUCCAGCGGCAACUACUCCGUGGGCAGCGGCUUGCGCCGAGACGAGACCGAGAAGCUGCUCGAAGGAGGGGACCCGGCCUCCGGCGCGCCCACGCCGCAGGCCAUCCAGAAGUCCGCGAGCACCGACGCCGUGCUCGAGGCGUCUGACAGCAGCGGGGAGUCCACGCCCCAGCACCAGCGCAAGCGGCAGCUGAGCGUUCGCGUGCGGCCCCUGUCGGAGAUACUGCCGCGCAACAGGGACUGCUCGGUGCCCGUGCCUCCGGGAAUGCUGAGCCCGCCGCCGCAGGGUGGCAGAUCCCGGCGCAUCACCAGUUCGCAGAGCUUGAACACCUUCAACGUGUCUUCCUCGGUGGCUGCGGCCGCCCCUGCGCGGUCCGGGGCCAGCUGCUGCUGCACGCCCACCGCGACCACCGGAGGCAACAGCGACCAACAGCACACGCCCUGCGAGAACGCCACCGACCCCCGCGCGGACUUGCUCAUCGACCUCGACCAGAGCAACGUCAGGUACCGCGUGGGCGGGCCCCGACGCUCGACCAGCAGCUACACGUGGUUCUCGGACGCGAGCAGCUCCGGGGCUCCUGCCAUCUCGCCCCUGCAGCUGUCGCACAGCGCGUCUCACUGCUCGGGCUACUACUCGUUCGCCGAGGACGACCCUGAGUUGCAGCGCGACAUCAUGAACUUCCUGACGGGUCACGGACCGAGAUCGCGGCCCUCGUCGCUCAACGCCGCCACGGCCGCCGCCAUUGAGCUGAGCACGUUCAGCGCAGCCGCCCAGCCGGGAAUACAGGUGGUGAAGGAGCGCGCGCGCUCCUGGGACCGCGUGUCGCAGCGCACGCCCACCGUGUGCAGCCAGGCAGCCGUGGCGGUGUCCAAGCGCACGCCCAUCCAGGCCAUCAAGGAGGAGAGCUGCCAAAGCACGCCCGUGCGCCUGCGCAGCGCCGGCCGGGCGGGACACGGCAGUCCUCCCGGCGGGCGCACCGAGCUGCACCAGUGGCGCCUCUGCUUCUACGUGUUCGGGGGCCGCGAGCAGGGCGCCCCGGGACUCUACCGGCAGCCCAUCUCCAUCUGGAAGCUGUAUGUCUGAGAGAGCCACGCUGCCCCGGAUUCAGUGCGGCACCACCACAGUCGCCGCGUACGCGUCUCAGCGUACGCCGGCCACUGGGAAGCAACGGGGCCCUUUGCCCGCAAGAAGGGGACCCACCUCGACCAGUGGACUCGGUCUCGCUGACAUAGAAAAAAAAGCCGAGAAAUAAGACCUAGGUGCCCCGUCGCAUUCUGAUGACAUUCGCAGGAGAGGCAUAAAAAGCGGACACGUUCCCCCCCCCCUUUGGUGGUAUUGAAAGUGAAUUGUGUGCCGAUAUAGUUUCGCGGUGGGCAUUUUGCCCCCUGGCACCCUUCGGUAGGUGCGCCUGUGUGUCUCUCUUGUUGGCCUCACAGCCCUUGCAGCGCAUUUACCGGUGGGAGCAGCGAACGCAGCACGUCGAGAUCUAGAGAAACGUGACCUGUGCUUAGCUGCGGCGUCGAAUGAGCGUCGUGUUUUGAGACUUUCGGUCAGUGGUAUGAGCGCUUCUGUGCUCCCUUGUGCAUUGCUUUUUUGGUAUAUCGUUCACUUCAUGAGGGGCAGCGCAGUUUCCCGCGCUAGUGUCCGGGAUCCGACCUGACUCAAACACGAUCGUUCAUGGAGUAUCUAAUUAUAGCUUUAGCUCUAUUGGAGUAGGGUAAUCCGAGGGCCUCGAUUUUUCGUUAGGCCUGGGACAUAGGAGAGCUAAAUAAGAAAUCUUUACCAUCCAUUGGCAUGAAAUAUAAACGUAACAUUUUCAGAUUUUCUAAUGUGGGCAACUGUUUUCUCUCUCAUGUUUUUACUCAAGUAUCUUGCUUGGAAAAUUUCAAUUUCGCUAUUCAUUCAGGGCGGAUAUUUGGGUACUAGGAAAGUGUGUGAAUAUAUAUCAAUGGGGGUGUUAGCACUUGUUAGACACUUUGCCUGCCUCCUUAUCUCCGUCGAUUCAACCGUUUGCUGACAGUGCCCACCUGCUGAUGCCUCGGCAGUCAAUUUUUUUUUUUCGCUUUUUGCAUCAAAUGUUCUUUUAACGUCAUAAACGCACAAAAGGCGUGACGCAGCUGCUCGACUUUGUCUUCCAGUUCUCCCCUAAGAUUGUCUUCUUUCUUAUUUCUGUUUCUCUUCAAACCACAAAUGCUAUCUUUCCACACACGCACAAUCGACUCACGCUUGAGGUUCACUGUCAUUUCCAAUACCACAGUGUAUAUUUUUUAAAUACAGUGAAGCAAACAGCUGCACCAUAAUUUGGUGAUGAAAUUCUCAGCUUUGUGAUGACAGUGGUCAUGUGAGAGGGGCUGUGCAAUACUCUUUGCUUGAAUACUCACUCCAUCAUCUUUUGCAAGUAUCUUUAUUGGUGAUUUGGCAUGCUAGUAUUAAAAUUUCCUCGGCAUGCACUACAUUGUCAGUGGUAUGAUCUUAAGCAUACAUGAAAACGUCCAAGGCAGGCUCCACUUGCGAUCUUGUCCUGAAUUGAUAGCAAAUUAUGAUACAGGAAAUAUUGAUCUCAGUUUUGUUUCAGUGAACAUUUUUUCUAGCUUCUUUGUUUUGGUUGUGGCACUUUUGCAAUAACCAACUGGUUUAAAAUGGUGAAGUGUUGAAGCUCAAAGUUGAGCCAUCAAGGCUGAGAAUAUGUGGUAUCUGUCUUGGGGAUUUCACAUAAUGUGCAAUAUGGGACAAUGGGUACAACGAACUCAAACGCACCUUCGCUGAAAAGGAGUGAAGUUGUAUCAUGUUUAGUCUGCAAUGCCAAAUGCCAUUGAGUACGAUAUUAUGUUCUUACUCAAAACAUUGACAUUACGCUGAGCAGUGUUUCAGCUUGCCAGAGAAUGGGCACUGACGUCUCCUUGUUUGUGCAUGUCCAUCAUCUCGCGUCUGCAGCUUGCUGAGCAGUAGAUUCAACUCUGGCCUCCAGUUGCUGCACUACUAGUUGCAGAGCAAAUGUCUCGAAUGCCUUAUCAAGACAGACCUGCCAUCUGGCAUUGCAGAUUACUGCGCUAUUGCAUUUCUAUCUUGGUUUAUUUUCAUAAAUAUAUAUGUAUAUAUAUAUAAAUUCUUGUACCUGGCCGUUUUGUUCUGGUGGGCUCAAAGCAGAAAUCUCAGUGGCCAAGAGUAUUUAUGUGAAGUUGGGAGUUUGGCACUUCUCAGCCUCAGCUGUUUAAACAAGGAAUUGUAUUUUUAUUAUGCACUCAUAGAUAAGGAGUUAUGAAGAAUAACAUAUAUGCACGCAUUCAUGUAUACACAUGCAAGAAAUAUUCAUAUUUUUAAUGGUUUUAUCAUUUUUUUCUUUUAUUGCAAAAGGUGAAAAUGAGCUGAAGACAGCAGUGUGUAUCUUUGAUAGGUCCUUUUUUUUAUGUGUACAUGCAUCUGAACUGAAGCAAGGAGCGCAGAAUGAAAGCGUGGAAGUGGUAGCUGUUUCAAAUUUUUUUUAAUAUUUAGAGGCUGCUUUUAUCAUUUAGCGAUUUAAAAAUAAGGUUAUUUAUAUUGUAUCCACAUUGCCCUCCAAAUCAUUAUGUGCUUUGUCAAUCUUAUCAAACAUGAAUAGUUUGUCGUAAUAAUUCUGCGGAAACCUGCAAGGGGAGAGAAGUAAUUAAUAAAGGGAAAAUGAGACAUUCACCCAAUCGUAGCAAGUGCUACAAAGGAAACCCAUACGGGUUCCUCAAAAGGAAAGCUAUUACACAGAACUAUUAUGCCAAACUCUUGCCUUUAAUUCGAGUUGUUGAUGAAUUCGACUUCGCCCUGCCAUCUGCCAACUGCCUGAUUUGCUCAGAUGGUAGAGCGGCAGCCCCGGAAAGGUGGUGGUCCCAGGCUCGAAUCCUGGACCAGGACAAAUUUUUCUUCAACUUCGAGGCUUUUCUUUCAAGGAACCCGUAUGGGUUUCCUCUGUAGCAAUUGCUACAAUAGGGUGGGUGUCUCAUUCUCCCUUUAUAAACAAAUAGCUUGUCCUAGUCUAAUUUAAAUAUCUACACAGAUUCGAUACUUCAUCCCGACCAUGUCCUCCUGAAUCCCCUUGCCCAACCAGGAAUUCAUUUUUAGUCUACAAAGAUGUACAGGACACUUACACAGCAGGGAAACUAUGUCCAUGGCUGAGGACUAGAAAUGUCAUCAAAAUAUUUUUGCUGCAUUCUGUGAUGCUAAGAUGUCCAAAAAGUGUCUGGUGUAAGAUGCAGUUAAGUUUUUGUUUUUUUUCUGGCAGGGUCAAUACCAACAUAAUUUCCCUGAAAAUCUGUGAGAUUUGGCCAGCAAUGCUGAGAGUGUGGUGAGGAAUCACGAAGAGCAGUGUUUGCAACUUGUUGAUGUAAGCUCGCGCACAUUGCCCUGUGUGUGUACCUUGAAUGGUGACCACUUCCAUGCCCCUUAGAGUGUUCUCUCGGAUUGAUUCAAGUGGUGUGGCAUGUAUUGUCUCAUUUAAAAAUUUUCAAGAAUUGUUAACAGGCUUUUCAAUUCUGUAACAAAUUUAAUGCACCAAGAAAGGGAGUAUUUGUGACCAUAAAAAAACGCAGCAUUCUCAAGGUACUCAGGCUCUCACAGAAAAUUAUUCAUGUGGUGAACUCUCCCUCGUUUUGCCUCUAUUGAUAGACAUUGCUGUUUAUUUUGUAUCUGCCUUAGCAUUUCGUCCUGUUUAACCUCGCAUGCCAGUGUUCUAGAAUGCACAAGAGCUGCAGCGAAAAUCGUGUGCCAAUGGGACUCUAAAUGUAGCUUUCUUGCAAGCAACGGCAUCUGAAGAGUGGGAGACUGUUAAGUUGGAUCGCGUGAUCCCUUGACCACCGAGAGGCUUCAGAAGGUCUGGUUGCUAGUGGCACGGAAGACUGACAUUCUACCAAAAAUUGCAGUGAAGGACUGUGGCGUGGUAUACAGUCGGAAGCCAUGCAACGCCGAUCGCCACUGUGCAAAAUGAAGCAUGAAGUGUAUUUGACAAGAGCUGAGGUUAUCGCACUGCCACCAAAUAGUGUGUUAUCUUGUACCGGGUCCUUGUGUGUGUAUGUGUGUGUACGACGCUGAAUGCCUGUGUGUACUGCUGUGUGUGCUCGAUUUUAUCGACUGACACUGUGUGGGUCAAGGCUGCGGCAGCAGGGAACGAUCAUUCCUGUAUUUCAUUACGCCGAUCAACACGAAAUUCGUGCUGCGCGCUUUGUCGGCACGUAACUCACAGAUAGCGUGCGCCAUGCCAAAAGUGAUUUUCUUCCAGCAAACAAACGUUAAACUGCGCUCAAUAUUAAAUUCAAUUUCGCUCAUGCAAGCUUCAUCGUACAACUCAGUAACUACGUCCGGUCCAGGUGACACAGCCAUGCGGUUAAGCAUAAAUGUUUUCGUCCUCAUUGCAUUUCAUGGAAAACUUGAGCAAAGCUGUCCAACAAAGCUUGAACGAGCGGCCCUCGCGACUACGUCUAAAGAGCUCUAGACAAGCUUGUAAUACUUCGAAUUUCCCUCUCGCGCAUUCACUCUUACGGAGGUUCCUUUCUGCGUACAACGCGAAACAGAACAGAAGAGAGCCGAUGACACGAGCGAUCCUCUUUCGCGAUGUUCACGUGUCCCACGUUCAAGCGCCGGAAGCCGCGCCUCGCCGCCCGAAGACGUCACUGUGGCCGUGACGUCAGCAUCCGCAGUCGUGGUACCUGCGGUACCGACUGCGGUACCUGCCACGCGGAACUUUUGUGAUCGAGUCUGUGUGAGGGCGCUGAGGAAAAUUUUAUUCGUUCACAAGCCUGUCUCUCGUCCGGGUGCUGUUUAUGGGUGGUACAACCCUUUUUAGGGCCUUUCCAACGCCAACACGAAAUGUAGCUCAGCGCGAUGCUCACGAGACACCGUAAGGAUUAAAGUGCGUCACGUAGGAAUUCGUGCGCAACACCAUUUUUUUUUUUUUCUUCCAACCAUCCUGGUUGGGUUGCUGUUGCAGCAGCCAUGAUGAAAAUAGCCCGCCAUUAUAAUUGUCUUAGCUUGGGCGGUAACUUCGAGGUUACUUUAGUGCCGUGCAUUAAAUUAUAUUCGUAUCCGAAUACGUUUGGUUAAGCCGCCCGCUCACUGCCAUGCGCGGCAUUCUGCCUGCGCGUUGAAAUAGUGUUUGCCAACCGGUUGUUUUUCUUCCGGUUCUUCGCAACCUGCCUUAGUCCUGACUCAAUGUUGUUGUUAUUUUUUUUUCUUUCUUAUUUAGAGAAUGUUUCACAUUUCAAGAGUAAUGGAGAGUGUGCAAUGACGCCACUGCCGUGAUUGACGAGCUGUACACGAAUCGAGCCUAGGUGCGCCACUUCCCUCACUCGAGAAAAAAAAAAUCUGCGAGGGGGAUAAAUUGUACAACGGACACGCUAACCUGCACGGCUUUGCCGUUUUUUACCUUCUGUAAUUGUGACGCGUGGAAGGAAGGAGGGAAGCUGGGAUAAAGCACGGUAUGUCUGUUAUUCGUUGCUCUCGCCAUGCACAGUGCCGUACCCGAUGGGUCUCGCUUAAUUUGUAUGCCGCUUGACUGAAGGGCAAGUGACAUUAUCGGGGUAUAGCAGCUGUUCGCGGGAUUAUAGCGUAUGAAGGAGAACGAAAGCUGAAUACCUGUCGACAGCUCAGCUGAAUGUUCCCGUUAUGCUAUCCCUGUCAUACUGACACUCCGCCUUUCUUUUUAUUAUUAUUUUAUAUUUUUUUACUUAUUUUGAUUCGCGGUUUCACAGUGCAUGUGUCAUUCCGGUGAUUGUUGUCUGUAGGGCGUCUAUGUUCUCCUGUUACGCGCUUCGAGCGACUUUGUCGUCCGGGCACAGUGCAAUUUCGUUCACAUCCGUUCCGCGCCGUGACAAGGAUAAAGUUCACCGUACAGCUACAUGAUGUCAUGCGCGUAUCAUCGCCAACGUCAUAGAUAGGCUCUGUGAAUGAUAGAUGUUUUGUGUAGAAGAAAGUGCAGAUAAGGGAGGUCAGUCUAGGUUGUGGGUUCCAAAACCGCUGCCACCGAUUACCCCCAGCUGUAGAAUUCGAUACCAGCAUCAUCUGGACAGGUCUAGCGCUAUCUACACACAUAAAAAAAAGGCUCUUAGAAUAAAAAUGUCCCUAAGAGCAAAUGCCAGCCAAUGCUCAUGCUGGACAUAUUAUUAUAGCGAUGGCGGCCGGCCAACGGCAAAAGAGCACUUACGAACGAAGAGCAUUGUGAACUCGGACCCGCGUUCUCUGCUUUCUUUGUUGGCAGGACUUAGGUGGAAGCGAGUUUCUUCAUCACUUUAAUUUCCUUCAAUUUCAAUGUAAUUUUUCAUCCUCUUGAACUGCAAUGUUUUCUUUCGAGUAGUCAGUUACUUAGCCAGAAACGUAUAUCAAUGUUACCGUUCAUUAAUCUUCCUCUGCCACGCAGAUUACAGAGGAAUCUCCGGAGAUUUUUUGCCCUCACAAAGUUUUUUUGACGGAGAUUCGAAGUUGCGCGUGACCUUCCUUCAAGUCGUUCAGCGAUAAACCACACGAAACACGAGAACAGCUAAAGAAAGUCUAGACCGUCACGGAAAACAAAUUAAAACGUCUAAACCAAUUAACUCUCAUCAGGGUUAAACAUUAUUUAGACGUAUACUUCUAAACAACGUCCUGCAGCUUUCUAACCGUCCACGUUGUCUGUUGUCCAAAAUUUUCCAUAAUUUAAAGUCGCCUUCGCGCCUUUCCAGUAAUUUCAAGAAGCUUUCUGCAAGUUUUGUGUUUAGUGGAAAGCCGAGCUGUGCGAGGCCGCUUGUACCCAUCUGUACCCGUCGACGGCGAUAACGGGGUUUUGAGUCCACGGCCACCCACAACCGAGGCAGCUGGCGUUCAAGUACAAGAGGCUCUGCGACCACGCUUACAUGAUAGGCGCCGUGCCGGGAAAAGCCUUCAAGCAUGCCGCCGCCGAGCCGUUCGUCUCGUGUUACUUUCGGUGAUGCGUUUGCUCGUGCAUGACACACAGGGUUACACGAACGCCCGAGCGCGACGAGCACGUGGCCCUUAGUGUCCGCCCAGCUGCUGUUGCAUUCCUGACGUGAUGAUUAACAGUAUUCUGUUUCAGUUUCGUUUUUCUUCUUAAAUUCCGUCGCCACAUAGACCGUGUUCUCCACUGUUUUAAAGAGAAGUCUCGCUGUCCCAAAUGGACGACGGAAAUACAGUACGAUAGGUAUUGCUGCGCUCAUUGCCAAGCUGUGACGCUAAUAAGUGACUCGUUGCAAGCACUUUAAUCAUUCAUUUGUUCAUUCCAAGCGAUUGUAUAUUUAGAAGAAUAGUAGGGACUAUUUUCGUCCGUAACAAAGGCACAAAACAAUUAGGGAGAUUUGACGUACAUAUCGGAAUCUAUGUGAGGAAAAGUUUUCGUUUAGCGGUUGAUUAAAUGCCAUACAAUUAAAUGCGGUGCGUGCAACUGUCAUUCGCAUCCAAUUUCCUGGCCCGGGAUAUCGGAAGAGCACAAGCGAGCACCAGGUUUCUAGGAAGAACCUUCUCGUUUAGGUUAUCUUUAAUAGAAAGGAAAGCUACCAUACCCUCAAAUAAGUGCAAGUUUUUUGUGCCUGGUCCAAACUGCAGAUACUUUUAUCUUAAGAACCUGUGCGACAGCUGUACCCGACACCCGCAAACGCAACACAUGUUCCCAAGGUCGCGAGAAAAGUGACAAAGUGGCCUUUGCUGAAACGGCGACGUUCAAAUUUUAUUCGCCAAUCUCGCCUCAAGUCGCUUGCUUGAAAGACUUAUCACUCAAUUAAGGAGCAGACCGACCUCUUGCGAAGUAAACAGUACUAAUAGGCGUAAUACCAGCGGUACGUACUUGGUGUAAUACGCUUUCAGAGAAAGUAAAUAUACCUUCAAAGAACGUAGACCGAGCCGAAGCGUUUAGUAUUUCGUACCUGUAGCCGUUUCUUUCUUUCUUUUAUUAUUAUUUGCAUCAUCGCGCGCAUGUAGGUCGGCCAUUCUGAAUGGAGCAGCGCUUGAGUUGCUGGAGUUCUUGUGAGAGGCUUCAUAAUUAACGAGCUGUAGAGUCGCUUACACUUUCGUGUAUCCAGCGCGUUACGAAAGCGAGAACCUAAUACAUCGUAUAUGCUAGCAGUACCGUAUGACGUCAUAGUGGCGAUAGCAUAUGUGGCAAAGACCUUAGGCGCCAAGUUUGUAGCAUAUGGCCGUAAUCUUAUAACCACGUGUAAAAGAAAUACGUAAACGUGUUCACUAGCCAAAGUUUAAAUUUGUGGUUGUUGACGACAUUAGCGCACGUAGUAGCGUAGUUAGCAUGCCGCAACACUUCGGUCGAACGAACUUCAUGAGAGGUCUCAAAAAACUCUGUAUUAGUAGAACAGAAAUACGUGGGCUUGCUAUGAAGGCUGGAAUUUCGUAAUUGUUAGUAGAUAUUAAUAGUUCGUUGAAGAUAUAUAUAAGCCAGACGGACGCGGAAAGCAUAUUCGAGUGGCAUGCUGUAAUAGAUACCGGAGAAAAAGGGGGAACAUGGUAUUGCCGUGACGCGCCGAUUAUUGUGCUGUGUAAGGCGCCUCGUGGUGUGUGUAUGCUUCUAUCGAACAUUAUAUAUAUAUAUAUAUAUAUAUAUAUAUAUAUAUAUAUAUAUAUCACUGAGGAGUGACUCGUACGAGCAUUUAUUUUCCAGAGGAAUGUGUGUACAUAGUGCGUAAACGGCGGAAGCAGCUGUGUACAAUAGAGUCCAUCUUUGCGUGGUGCAGAGUUGGACCUCACGAGCCAUACUUAUUUUCAACGUCCUGAAAGAGUUGUACAUAUAAUAUAUUCGCCAAAACACAUUUUGUCGUCCCCAUAUGUUUUGUUCGCCUUGUUUUGUCUUUGUGUGUGCGCGUGUGUAGCAUAUGCCGGCUGUGUCGAAAGAAGCGGGAACGAAAGGACAAUAAAAAUAAUGGUGACAUUUA